AUGGAAGUUGAUAUAAAUAAUGGGUCACAAUUUCCCAUACAAAAAUUGGACUUGAAAUACAGCAACUAUGAUGAGGUAUCGGAAAGUGUGCACGACAAAGUCAAUGGCAUGGUGGAGUUACUUCACGAAGUGUUUCAGCUGUAUAAGCCCAAUGAAAUAAUGUUGUCAUUUAACGGAGGCAAAGAUUGUACUGUGGUACUGCAUGUGCUGCACACAUUUUAUCAGGCCAAUCCAUGUCUGCAGCAUAUACGCAUACCCACAAUGUAUAUAACAGAUCCCGAUGCCUUUGAAGAAGUCGAUGAGUUUGUGGAGGAAUGUGAAAAACUAUUUAACAUAGAUGUGAUACGAAAACCAGGACCUAUUAAGAAAGCACUUGAGGAAAUAUGCCAGGAGAGGCCACACAUUAAAGCAGUAUUUAUGGGCUGUCGGAGAACCGAUCCGUAUUGUGAAAAUUUAAAGGUUAUGCAGCUCACAGACCCCGGUUGGCCCCAGCUAAUGCGCAUUAAUCCCAUUUUGGACUGGCGAUGUCGUGAUGUCUGGCAGUAUUUAUAUUUGUACAAAGUCCCCUAUUGUAGUCUAUAUCAAAAAGGUUACACCUCAAUAGGCAAUAAGAAAAAUACCCUGCCCAACCCGUAUUUAAGUGUGCUGGAUGAAACAACUGGUGCAAUUAUUAGUUAUCGACCGGGUCAUGAACUUAUCGAUAAUGAUGAUUUAGAACGCGCAGGACGCUUUAAACCACAAACGACGAAUGGGAGUGCAACAACAAAUUUAAAUUCUAACACAAAAUAA